CACCAGCGUAUUCAUUCUAGUGAAAAACCAUAUAAAUGCAGUGAAUGUGGAAAGAGUUUUUCUGACAAUGGCAACUUAAGAAGCCACCAGCUUUUACAUUCUGGUGAGAAGUCAUACAAAUGUUGUCAAUGUGAAAAGAGUUUUUUCUAUCAAAGUGCCUUAAAAAAGCACCAGGUUGUUCAUUCUAGUGAAAAACCGUUCACAUGUGAUAAAUGUCCAAAGAGUUUUUCUCGUUCAGAUGACUUAAAGCAGCACCAGGUUGUUCAUUCUCGUGAAAAACUGUUUGUAUGUAGUGAAUGUUCAAAGAGUUUCUCCCGUGCAGGUGCCUUAAAAGCCCACCAGGUUGUUCAUUCCCAUGAAAAACCGUUCACAUGUGAUAAAUGUCCAAAGAGUUUCUCCCUUGCAGGUAACUUAAAACAACACCAGGUUGUUCAUUCUCAUGAAAAACCAUUUAGGUGUAAUAAAUGUCCAAAGAGUUUCUCUCGUGCAGAACACGUAAAAAAGCACCAGGUUGUUCAUUCCCGUGAAAAACUGUUUGUAUGCAGUGAAUUUUCAAAGAGUUUCUCCUGUGAAAGUACCUUAAAACAGCACCAGGUUGUUCAUUCUCAAGAAAAACCGUUAGGAUGCGAUAAAUGUCCAAAGAGUUUCUCCUGUACAGGUAACUUAAAAAAGCACCAGGCUGUUCAUUCUCUUGAUAAACCAUUCGCAUGUGAUGAAUGUCCAAAGAGUUUCUCUAGUCCAGAAUACUUAAAAAAGCACCAGGUUGUUCAUUCUCAAGAAAAACCGUUUGGAUGUGAUAAAUGUCCAAAGAGUUUCUCCCGUGUAGGUAACUUAAAACAGCACCAGGUUGUUCAUUCUCAUGAAAAACCAUUUAGGUGUGAUAAAUGUCCAAAGAGUUUCUCCCGUGCAGAACACUUAAAAAAGCACCAGGUUGUUCAUUCUUGUGAGAACCCACACGGAAAAGAAUGAUUUG